AAGGACAUCUAUGUAGUAUGAACGACUUACAAACGGUCAGUCGUUGUUACGUCGCGUAUUACAAUCGUGUCUUACGAUGCCGACAAGAUUCGAAGAAGAUUUGAAUUAUGCAAUUGGUUGGAACCGAUUCAGCCUACAAAUACUUGGAAUUUGGCCUGACACAAAAUACACCGAAAGUGAUCCAACCUUGUCGAAAUAUUGGUUCAUUGUUCAUUCAUUUUUUAUGUUUGGAUUUAUAACAAUACCACAAUCGACGUAUCUAUUGAUGAUAUGGGGUAACAUGGAACUGAUGACAGAAAUUUUGGCGACUGCCAAUGUACCGAUUACCAUGUCAUGCAUUAAAUUGUUGUUCGCGCGAUAUCAUUUGGAAUCAUUGAGACCACUUCUAAGUUCAUUCGUUGAAGAUUGGAAGAGGCCAAAAAGUGAAAAGGAGAGAUCAAUCAUGCUGGAUAACGCUAAAAAGGCAAGAAUUAUAUCGAUAUGGUGUACGACAUUAGCACACUCCAUGACAUCGAUUUAUAUUAUACCUCGUACAUUAAUGAUUGCUCGAAUGCAGAGAGAUCAAUUUGAACCACAAAAUACGGUUGUCUAUCCAGCUUAUUUUCCAUACGACAUUAGCGGAACAAUCGCCUUUUGUAUUUCGUGUUUCGGACAAAUUGUAGCUGCCUACAGUGCUACUGUGUCGUACAUAGGCGUAGACACGUUUAUUACAAUGCUGGUCCUACACGUUUGUGCCCAAAUUACGAAUCUAAGGCAUACUCUUGAAAAUUUACCAAACGAAAUGGCCAAUAAUUUUACGAAGGAUAUUAAAUGGAUCGUUCAAAGACACGAACAUCUCAAUUGGUAUGCCAAAUCUAUCGAGAACUCGUUUAACCUUUUGAUGCUCAUACAAAUAUUGGCUUGUAUCAUUCAAGUGUGUUUUCAGACAUUUCAAUUGUUUCGCAUAAUGAAACAAGAUGGGGAUGCUUUUCCCGUAGAACAAUUGUUUUUCGUUGUACUAUUCGUAGUUGUUACAUUGGUACAACUUUAUUUGUAUUGUUACGUUGGAGAUAUGCUUAUCGUUGAGAGUUCUGGAAUGGGCACGUCAGCAUACAAAUCGCAAUGGUUUAACUUACUCCCUAAGGAUUCACGAAAUAUUAUUUUCGUAAUAUAUCGAUCUUCAAUUCCACUUUGUUUAACUGCCGGAAAAUUUAGUAUAUUUUCGAUGGAAAUGUUUAGCAAUAUUUUGAAAACCUCAAUAGGAUAUCUUUCGGUGUUGUUAACAGUAUCAGAUAAUAAGAAAUAAUUCGAUACAAUUGAUAUAAUAAAUAGAAUAGA